UUUCUCAUCAACUUCUCCAUCAUUUUUCCUCACCAAAUCAUGAAGGACUCAAAAUCUUGGAGACCCUUUACAGCAAACUGCUGUUCUGCCGAAGAUCAAACAAUUUUUGGCAAUUUUAGCAGGUGCAAGACGUCGAAAUCGGAUUUUUCAAAGAACAUAGCUCCAUUGCCAUCUUUUCGUAGGUUGUCAUUCUCGGAUUUGAGCAGAUCAUCAUCAACUAGGAUUAAUGAGGAUCUAGCACAAUCAUUUGGAUCUGACUUGUUUGAUUUUCAGCUGAGUGAACUGCGUGCCAUAACGCAGAAUUUCUCGACUAAUUACUUGCUUGGUGAAGGUGGUUUUGGGACAGUGCAUAAAGGUUAUGUUGAUGAGAAUUUGAGGGCUGCUUUGAAAUCUCAAGCUGUUGCUGUUAAGCUUCUUAAUAUUGAAGGACUUCAAGGCCACAGGGAAUGGCUGGCGGAAGUAAUAUUUCUAGGACAGCUAAGACACCAAAACUUGGUAAGAUUGAUUGGAUACUGUUGCGAGGAUGAAGAACGCCUUCUUGUUUAUGAAUUCAUGCCUAGAGGCAGCCUUGAAAAUCAUCUCUUUAAGAGGCUAUCAAACUCACUGCCAUGGGGUACAAGAUUGAAGAUAGCAAUUGGAGCAGCCAAAGGCCUUGCUUUCUUACAUGGCGCUGAAAAACCUGUUAUUUACCGUGACUUUAAAACCUCCAACAUCUUACUGGAUUCUGACUUUACUGCUAAAUUAUCAGAUUUUGGGCUUGCACAUAUGGGCCCAGAAGGAUCAAACACUCAUGUUACUACUAGAGUAAUGGGCACUUAUGGAUAUGCUGCCCCUGAAUAUGUUAGCACAGGACAUCUUACAACCAAAAGCGACAUUUACAGCUUUGGAGUGGUCUUGCUAGAACUAGUAACAGGAAGAAGAGCAAUGGACAAAACAAGACCAAAGAAUGAACAAAACUUAGUCGAUUGGACAAGGCCCUAUUUGUCAAGUAGUCGAAGAUUGCGUUGCAUAAUGGACCCUAGACUUGGUGGACAAUAUUCAGUAAAAGGAGCAAAAGAAAUGGCCCAUUUAGCUUCACAAUGCACAAGCUUAAACCCAAAGGACAGGCCCAAAAUGCCAGCAAUUAUUGAAACUUUAGAAAGCCUUCAACCACUAAAGGACAUGGCUGUGGCUUGUGGACAAUGGCCACCCUCUCCAAAAUCAAGCAAUAAGUAUGUUGUUUAUUCUCCAAAAGGCAACAAGGAGAACAAAAUAGUGGUUAUCAAGAAUUCUCGUAUGGCUGUUCAUAGUAAGAGCAAAUAAAUUUCUGUAUGAAGAAUUGUGCUUGAAAUAAUUAAGUAUCUAUAUAUAAAUAUUGUAUCUAAAGUAUGGAGUUGAAGUAAGGGUCUAACUUGUGAUUGUAAAUAAAUGAAAGUUAUAAUGUUUUUGAUAUACGAAAUCUUCUCUA